GCAUGACAGUAAAAAUGGACACCAGGAUUCCACCUUACUAACACAAAUUUGGACACUUAAGAAUCCUUGAAACAAUCCUGGAAACUUAAGGACUCUUUGAUACUUGUGUAGGAUACCCGUGUGUGAGAUCCCGAGUGCCCUUGAUAACAGGACAUCGAACACUACAUUUGGACAGCCCUAAGGAUCCGAACUUAAGAUCCUAGUAACUUAAGGACUCCUGGUGUGAAGGAUCCGUGUUAUGUCCUGAGUGAUGUAAAUAACAGGAGUUGGAAUAUUUGCUUCUAACAUUCAGGGCAUCAAGAUCUGGACACGACAAUUCCAGAUACGUGAGGACUCCUGGUGCGUGUGUAGGAGGUCCUUUGGUGUGAGAUCCUAAGUGAGCUUGAGGCUCAGAGUAUACUGCAAAUUUGACACAGCACUUCGGACACAACUAAAGGAUCCUGGGGACACUACGGUUCCAAACACUUUAGGACACCCGGCAAGUGCGAAAGAGUCCGAAGCGUUUGGUUCUAAGUGUCCUACGAGGCUGAGGCACCACUGAGGACACUGGUAUAAGAUCCUGGACGCAUUUUUACGAUUCCAGACACUUGAGGGCUCCUGAAAAGCGUGCAGGACCCUAGCGUGAGGUUCAGUGUCCUGCGAGGUUUGCGGCGCCCCGGGAUGGCGUGAUGAGCCCCCCCACCCCACCACGACCCCCCUCCGCCCACUUCUCCAGACGGUGUGCCACGCUGGCCUCCUCACCUUGGCGGCCCUCAUGGCAGACCAGGCGCACCAGCUUCCCCACCUCGGCCUCGACAGCCUCCCAAACCUCCCGCUGCGUCAGGCCUCCGUCACCACCAACGACCAGGCCCCCUGCCCAGAGUCUGAUGAGGCCACAGGCGGCGCCGCUGACUUGCAGGACCCUGAGAUGGAGGCCCAGAGGGACGCCGCCACGCCCCGCCUGCUGCCUGACGAAGGGAAGGACCUGCAUGACGGAAGGGAGGAGCUGCCGGCCUUGGAACUGCCCUGCGCGCCGAUCUACAGCUUUGAUGAGGACGGAGACAUCCUGCAGUGUGUGGAGACGCAGACUCCCGGUGAUAAAGAAGGACAUUUUCCCACCACCGCCACAGGGGAGGCCAAGUGAGGUCCCCGCCAGGAGUGACGCGGCGGAAGGCGAGGCGGGUGAAGUGGGUCUCGUUGCGCCCUGCGGCACGCCGAACAUGGAGUUCACGCAGGCCACUCCGGAGGAGACGUGGAAAGAAACCGUGCCUGAGGAAAACAGUGACAUCAACGCGACGGAAGAAGCUCCUGGAGUCCCUGACGCCUCCUCCUGCAGCCAUCCCAUCCUGGCCUCCGUGGGCACUGCAGAGGACACCGUGCCGCACAUAGACGUAGCCCCCAAGGACACUCACGACCCAGCGGCCGUCAUCCUGCCCGAGGUGACGAUGGUGACGCCCAAGAUCAAGCUGCACGCCGGCUCCGUGGAGGUGGAGGAGGACUACUUGGAGGGCCACCUGGAUGAGGACCACCACCUCAGGGACUUCUGCGCCACGCUGCUCGGGGAGUGUGACUGGCAGUCCUCGAGGCCACCGUCCACGCAGACCCCCGUGAUGGGACUCCUGAGCGUCACGCCGCACGACCCCUGCAGCAGGAGGGCCCCCAAAGUACCCUUCGACGCUGUGGUUUUCACGGAACGCAAACAUUCGACAGGAGACGCGCUCGUGCUGUCCCUUGGUCUGUCAGCUGACGGCGCCAACACCAUCCAGGACAUUGCCUCCAGAAACCAGGGGGCGGCCAGGGAGCGUCUGCAGCAGGGGGAGGUUCUUCCAUGCGAGGCGGGGCUGACGAAGCACUGCGAGUCGUGUGGCGUGUCCCCCCGAGGAGUGCCUGAAGAAGUUGGGUCUCCACUCCGACACUAUCAGACCAGUGGCGUCCCCAAAGAGCGAGCGUUUGCUACACUUCUUCAAGCACAAUCCCAGCAGACAUCCACACCAGAGUCUCGGGCGGCACCACACACGGGCCGCUCUCCCCGCACGAGUUCGACCACGGCCUCACCUCGCCCAAGCAGAAGAGCAGAAGUCUGUCCAGCUCACCCACCAAUGUAGAGAACGACGGAAGGAAAUCCAGACUGGUGGCUUUGUAAAUAGUGAACUCCGUAUGUGUGUGUGUGUCUCUGUGUGUGUGUGUGUGUGUGUGUGUGUGUGUGUGUGUGUGUGUGUGUGUGUGUGUGUGUGUGUGUGUGUGUGUGUGAUUUUUUUCGUGUCCUGUCUAGUUAUUUUUUUCCGCUUCUGCUUUUUGCUUUUCUCGUAUUUUACUUUUUAUUCUCUCUCUCUCUCUCUCUCUCUCUCUCUCUCUCUCUCUCUCUCUCUCUCUCUCUCUCUCUCUCUCUCUCUCUCUCUCUUGUUUCUUGGGAAUGUGUUUCCUUUUCCCUUUUUUUUUCCUUUUUUUUAGUAUCUUGUUUCCUGUUCUUGGUGUCUUCUUCUCAACUUCUUUAUUGUCUUGUUUUUCUUUCCCUUUCUCAUGUUCUCGUACUUCCCUAGUUCGCUCUUCGUCUUCCUUCCUUGUAAACGAAUUUUCAUGUUUUUUUUUUUUCCCCCUUUUUUUUAUAGUCAUCUUGUUUCCUCCUCUUCCUCUUCUUGUAAUCUUUUCUUCUCCCUUUCCUCUUCUCAGUAAAAGUUUUUCUUUUUCUUUCAGUAUUCACUUUUCUAUUGGCUCGCUUUCCUUUUCUUCUUCUCUUUCUCUUCUUUAUAUCCUUUUCUCUUCUUUUUUUACAUUUACUUUUCCUUCUUCCUUUUUUCCCUUCCUUUUUUUUUAGUAUCUCGUUUCUUCUUCUUCUUCUUCUUCUUCUUCUUCUUCUUCUUCUUCUUCUUGGUAUCUUCCUGUUAACUUUUUAAUUGUCUUGUUUUUCUUUUUCUUCCUCAUGUUCUCCUAUUUUCGUGUGCUCCUUAUAUUUUAUCAUCUUAUUAUCCACUUCUUCUUUUGUCCUCCUAUUCUCCUUUUCCUUCUUUUAUUCUGUUCUUCUCUUCCUUUUCUUCUGUACUAUUACUGCUAAAACUACUACUACUACUACUACUACUACUACUACUACUACUAUCAUCUUGUUUUCUUAUUCCUACUUCUUCUUUUGUCUUCUAAUCCUCCCUUUCCUUCUUUAAUCCUGUUCUCUUCCUGCCUUUCUUUUCCACUACUGCUGCUAAAACUACUACCACUGCUACCACCACCACAUUCACCACCACCAUUACGCAACCGCAUCCGAAUCCACUACAAUCACUAUUACCUGUCACAGCUUGCGUAUAUUUUUCCACAACCACUCACAAAUUGUACUCGAACUCAACUCGAACUUAAUUCUCGACGCUUCAUAUUCCCCGAACGAAAUGGAGACUCAAAGCAUCAGAAGCUGGAAUGAUACUUUUUAUUUUUAUCUAUCUAUUUAUUUUAUUCUGGAAUGUCGUCUUUCUCUCAGAGUCUCCAGAGGGCGUUCGAGGGAGGAAGCUAAGAGACUUUGCCCUUUGGACUCUUGUGAAAUAAUGAAAUGUGAAGACAAAUAGGCAUAUCAAUAAGUGUCUGUUAUGUAUGUACUAUUGAGAGAAAGUCUAACUUGCUAUAAGAAAUGCAUGGAGAAGAGAGAAGAAAAGAAAAAAGAAAAAAAAAGAAAA